AUGACUCAGAAGCCGCAUCCUCCACGUCCAAACAAUGCAAUACACUCUGAUUCGGUGUCUUUAUUCUACAAAGCAAUAAGCUUGGAAUGCAGAGUUGGAACCCCACAAUUCUCCACAACAGUACAUGAUGGCAAGUAUGCCUAUGUUCUCGCCAGUUCGCCAGCACCUUUCGAAGAUAAGCUCUCUAGUCCAUGGGUGGUUCUCCUCAUUUGGAAUCUUCAGCUCGCUUGUAUCUUCUGGGAUGGCUAUUGA